AUGGAAAAGCCGCCUCUUCAGCCAAUUUCAGAAUCACUGUCCGACUCUCUGACCUUCAGCAAUAGCCUGCCUUCGCCGAGUAGCAGUCGAGCCUCGUAUCCCAAGUUCGGGCCUCCUCGGCUACGACAACCAUGGCGGCACUCAGUCUCAAUCGGAGAGCACGGGUUGGGGUCGCGGACGACACGAGAGUUCAAACCUGACCGUCAACGGCAGCGGCUGUUGACCGUGGGCAUCUGGCAGUGGUUCAUCACGUCGCUGCUCUGUGGCCUCUUAGCCGCAUGCCUCGGAGCCUUUGGAAACUUGUUGUGGAUGACAGUAACACAGGUCAAAACUUUCAAUGCCCUGAUUGUGCUUCUGUCUCUGUUCCUCGGGAACAACCUGACCACCUCACUGCGAGAAUACGCAACCAUGAUGCGGUGGAGAAUGCUGGCUUCGAAAUACCGUUCUCUGAACGAAUUCGAUCUGUUGUUGCGCUGCGACAGUUUACGAAAGGUCGCGCGGUUAUUUUGGGUAGCAAGAACUCCUGGAGCCGUGUGGUUUUGGCUCAACACGACACAGUGGCUUUGUGCCUUGUGGCUGGUAGUCAACGUCCUCCUGCAAGUUCUUGUGGCCUUGCUGGGAUUGACGUACAACCUCAACACCUCACAUAUUCCCCAACGCCAGUUCGGGACAAUGACUAUCGCCGAUUUGAGCGUCAUUCGUGAUGUCUGGGGAGACAAGGAUCCCACCUUUGACGCGCAGUUGGGUUCCGCAAACCUCUUUGGCAUUCAAGGUCAGGAUUAUUUCUUCGUCGAAGGUAAUCCUCCGGGGCAGGGGAAAGUCCCAAGCUAUGGAACACCCGGCACUCCUACAAUCUAUGCCAACGCAGAUUGGGACGUCAUGACAUAUGUGUUUCAGGACCAGAAUAUCCGAAACCCUGACCUCACCUUGGUCUCCCACCGCAAUAUCAGCACAACUGCCACCUGCAAAGAGCUGCAAGUCAUCGAAGGCGGCAACGGAACCAGCACGUCCAUUAUUUAUCGCGACGAAGCUGGACGGCAAGCCACCCUCGACGUCGUGCAUGUCGGGGCGGGAGCUAUGACAUUUAUUGGUGUACUCAACUCCACCUGUGGGCCACGAUGUACGGAAGUGAUGGCGCUGCAAAGUGCCAAUGGCGAUACAAUCCCACAUCCAGCAUUCUUCAAGUGCCAAAGUAAAAUAUCGGAGGUGAUGGGAAUCGAAGAAUAUCUGGAUUAUGGAGAACCGGCGGCUUCGUUUGAGCUGCUCGAUCCUCAAGCCAAGAUUCUCGCCGGGGCGAUAGGAUGGUCCGGGUUCAACUACACAGCCAAUGACCAGUAUCAGUACGUCCGAUACAACACAGAAACCUGGUGGAGCCCCAAUAGUCCUGCCAAUGCAGGCUUGAUAUCUCAGCGGAUCAUGGAGUUCAGCAUCGAGGCAGUGGCAGCGAUCGACUACAAUGGCCCCCGGCGCAAUUCACGAGGCUGGUAUGCGGUGACCGCGCAAGUCGUGAGUGUGCAGUGGCGAUGGUCAGCUACAAUCUUGGGACUACUACCGUUCUUUCAACUGGUGGCAUUGAUAUGUGUCGUAGCCUGGGCCAAUCCUGCCAUUAUCCGGGACGACAGCGACUUGAGCACUGCACGACUCUUACGUCCUAUUGUCGACAAACUGGGCGACAGGGGCUGUUUGCUGACGGGCGCCGAGAUUGCGGAAGAGUUGGCGGACCUGAGGGUGAAAUACGGGUGGAGAGAGCCGGGCCCAGACUUUGCUUUCAGAAAUGAAAUCGACGGCGAUGUUAUCAGGCACGUCGAUGUCCUGGAUGAGAGGGAAGGAUUUGGCCAACAAGGUCCCAUGCCGGCCGGCCGGUAUGACGGGCUCGUACCCGAUAGACAUUCUACAGAAGCGCCACGAAGCCGGCGCGGACAGCGCUCCAUGAGUCUAUGA